UAUAAUAAUAGUUUGUAUGGUGGUGGUGGCUCGCAAUAUGGAAACGAACAGUUUAAUGAACCUGAUUUAGAUAAACCAUUACCACCGCUACAACCAUCACAGCAACAUCUAUUAUACCAACAUCAAUCAUAUCAACAAUCAUACCAACAACAAUUAUAUCAACAACAAUCAAAUCAACAAUCAUAUCAACAACAACAAUCACAUCAAUUAACUCGAAGGCGUAAACAACGACAACUACAACAUCAGCAACAUUAUAAUCAACAUCAACAUCAACAUCAACAAGAUGAUGAUCAGCAACUCCAACCUUUAAAUUCUCAAUCUUCUUCUGAUUAUUCUCAACGAUAUGAUUAUUUUCAAAGUGGUACAAAUGAAUUUAAUGAACCGGAUUAUUUAAAUGAUUCUUCAUUUGAUGCUUCUAAUUCCUCAUCUAUUAUGAUGGAUGCUCCAACUCAUAGCAUUUUACCUACUAAUACUACUACUUUACAAAGAUACAAGUCCGCUACCGCUAAUAAUCAAUAUGAAGUCGUCUCUGAUGUUAAUAAUAAUAAUGAAAAUACUUUAAAUCAUAAUAAUAAUGAGACCAAUAACAGUAAUAGUGAUUUAACUAGUAGUAGUAAUUAUUCAAAACAUCCUCUUCAAUUUACUCCUCCGAAUGGGAGUGAUGAAAAUCUUACCGAAAAGGUUCAUAAUAAUUCUUUUUCAACAAAUAUUAUUAAUUCACCAGCAAAUGAUAUUAAAAAUGAAUAUCUUAAAAGACAUUCUCUUACACAUUCAACUCCUUCGUCGCAGGAAUCUUCUUCAUUUACACAAUAUUCAAAACCUCCUUCAAUACCUCAAAGUAGUAAACCAUUUGAAAGUGGAAAAAAUAUUACCGGUUUAUUAAAGCAACCAAAAACUGCUCCUUUUAAGGUUCAGUUAACUGAGACAAUCUUAACUGAUAAUUAUCAUUCCGGUAAAUCCGUUACUAAUAAUAAAUAUCGUUCCGGGAGAUCCGUAAUUAAUGAUAAAUAUCGUUCUGGUAAACCCGUCAUUAAUGAUAAUUAUCAUUCCGGUAAAUCCGUCACUACUGACGAUUAUCAUCCUGAUAAACCCGUCACUACCGAUGAUUACAAACCACUCAUUAUUGAACCCGUUACUACUGACAAUUAUCUUCCUGUUAAUAGUGAUUCCAAUACUGCAGUUGUUGAUAAAAAUGAUGUUAACCACCACGACGAUCACCACGACGAUCACCACGACGACGACAACGACGAUAAUGAUGAUGAUGAUGAUUCAAAAUUAGAUAAUAUACCCGAAGAAGAUGCUAAUAGUAAUGACGAUGAUGAUGAUGAUGAUGAUGAUGAUGAUGAUGAUAGUUCAUAUAAUUAUCUUUCUCCAAUUACUCAAGGAUUUAAUGAUAUAAGAAACAGGAUUAGUAAUAUUUCAUUCAGUUCUCCACCGGAAAAUGAUUCUCAUACAAACGAGGUAAUAACGACGACAACGACGACAACGACUACUACAACAACAACGACAACAACAGAUAUGUCAAUAAUUGAUACGAAUCCUAAUCUUCUUCCUCCUCCUCCUCUUCCUCAAGAUAACAAACCUAUACAACAUGUACAACAGAAUUCAUUUAAAAGGAUGGAUACUUAUACUCCUCAGGAUCAAUCUACUCCUCAAAGUUCAUUUCAAAAUCAUGAAUCCUUUCCAUUUUAUAAUACUAGAAACCUAGAAUAUGGUGGUAAUAACAAUCAUUCAUCUAAUCCAAUUACCAUUCCUACUACAAAUGAUAAUGUUGUUAAUAAUAAUGAUAUAUCAUCUCAUACCCCUCCGGAUUUACCAGUUAAUUAUUUAUCACAAAAUUCUAAUCAUACUACUACUACAAGUUCAAAUAUAUCUAAUUAUAAUCAGAAUAGUAGUAAUCAUUUUGGAAAUCAUCAUGAUAAUCAUCUUCUUCAUAAUGGUCAUAUUGGUAAUCAUCUUCUUAGUGGUAAUCAAAUUCCCAGGAAAGAAUCUCCUCAUCCUGGUGUUCCAUUAAAACCAAUGAUUAUUAAUAAUGGUUUUAAUACUGUUGGUAGUGAUAAUUCUCAUCAUAACAGAAUUAGUCUUAAUACUUUUACUAAUAAUGAUAAUGAUAACGAUAAAAAAAUUUCUCCAACAAAUUUUAUAAGUGGUAGUUAUCCUUUCUCUUAUUCUAAGGAUGAUAGUACAAAUUCUCUUUCUACCGACGAUAAUAAUAGUAAACGCCCUUUCUCUUAUAAUAGUGAUGAUAAGACAAAUUCAUUAAUUAAUAAACGUAGUAAAAGUUCUUUUCUAUCUGAUGAUGCUAAUAUGUUCGAUAAUAAUAAUAAUAAUAAUGGUUACAUUCAAUUUUCUCAAAAUUUUCCUAAUUUUCAAUCAAAUAAUAAUAAGAAUAAUGAAGAACUUUCAACUAAAGGUUCAAAAUCAAAACAGAGACCUACUUCAAUGCCUCUUCAACCUAAACCAAUUAUUUCAACAACGAAUAAUAAACGUUUUACUAUGAAUUUUUUCAAAAAAUCAAAAAAUACAAAUCCAACUUAUAUACAGGCUAUCAAAGAAUUAGGAGAAUUAAGAUAUAAUGAAGCUAUUCGUUUAUUUAGUCAAGUACUUAUUGCUUAUCCACAUAGUUAUUCGAUUAGAUGUGAUAGAGCUUAUGCUGCUUAUCAAUUGGAAGAAUGGACAAGAGCUAUAAAUGAUUUAACUAUAGCUAUUAAUCGUAAACCAAAGAAACCAAAAGCUUACUCUCUUCGUGGUGAAGUUAAUCGUUUAUUAAAUGAUACUGAUAAAGCUAUAUCAGAUUUAAAUAAAUCCUUAAAAAUUCAAAGACAUCCUUUCGCUCUUAGAUCUAGAGCAGAAGUUUAUAGUUCUCUUAGAAAAUAUUCUGAUGCUUUAUCCGAUUUAGAUGCUGCUUUGGAAAUGGAACCAAAAAAUAUUUUUACUUUAAUAAGAAGGGCAAAAGUUUAUUGUUCACUUAAACUUUAUGAUGAUGCUAUUAAUGAUUUAACUAAAGCUUUAUCAAUAGAUUCAUCUUAUGCUUCUAUUAUAUUGGCAAAUCGUGGUGAAAUUUAUAGAUUAACUCAUAGGUUAGAUAAUGCUUUAAAUGAUUUAAAUAAAUCUUUAGAAAGAGAAGAGACUAGUUUGGCAUUAGAAAGACGUGGUGCUGUAUUAAGAAUGAUGGGAAGAGAACAUGAAGCUUUGGCUGAUUUUGAAAGAAUAAUUCAAUUAACUCCAAGAAGUUUCCUCGCUCAUAAAAAUCGUGCGGAAAUAUUAUUAGCACUUGAUAAAAAAGAUGAAGCUUUGGUUAAUUUAAAUGUUGCUAUUCAAUUAGAACCAAAUAAUUUUCCUUUAAUAAAAUGUAGGGGUGAAAUAUCACAAUCACUUGGUUUUUAUGAUGAUGCCGUAAUGGAUUAUACCGUUGGAUUAAAUAUUAAUCCAAAUGAUUCUGAAAUGUUAAGAAAUCGUGGUGAAAUUUAUAGAUUAACACAAGAAUUUGAUAAGGCUAUAUCAGAUUUUACUAGAGCUUUGGAAAUUGAACCAUCAAACGUAUUUGCACUUACAAGAAGAGGUGAAGUGUAUCGUAUGUUAAAACAAGGUCCACAAUCGUUAAUCGAUUUAGAUGAAGCUGUUAGAUUAGAACCUGAAAAUGUUAUGGCAAGAGAAAGUCGUGGUGCUGUUAAUAGAACUUUCCGACGUUAUGAAGAAGCAUUAAGAGAUUUAGAUGAAGCUAUUUAUUUAAAUCCUGAUAGUGUAUUUGCUUUAACAAAUCGGGGUGCCGUUUAUUAUAUGUUAAAAAGAUAUUAUGAAGCUUUAAUUGACUUAGAUAAAGCUUUAAAUUUAGAUCCUAAACAUAUAUUUGCUUUAGAAACUCGGGGUGCAUUAUUAAAUGUAUUAAAAAGAUAUGAUAGAGCUUAUGAGGACUUGAAUUUGGCUAUCGAAUUAGAACCAACUAAUGUUUGGGCUUUAACAUACCGAGGAGAAGUUUUGGCCGCAUUAGGUCGUUAUGAUGAUGCAUUAAAUGAUCUGAAUAGGGUAUUACAAGAUUUACCUGAUUGGGGGUAUCCUUUAGCUUUACGUGGUGCUGUUUAUCGUUCUAUAGGAUCUAACACAUUAGCUUUGUUUGAUUUGGAUCGUGCUUUACAAAAUAUAAGAGACAAAGCUUUUAAUAUUGAUUAUGAAACUAAAGCUUUAUGUAAUAGAGGUGCAGUGCAUCGUACUUUGGGUAGAUAUAGUCCAGCAUUACUUGAUUUUAAUAAGGUCUUAUUAAGAGAACCUAAUAAUAUUCCUGCUUUAACCGAAAGAAGUUUAACUUAUCAUGCUAUGGAUAGAUUUAAUGAUGCUCUUAAAGAUGUACAAACCAUAUUAAAAUCUGAGCCUGAUAACGCCACUGCUUUAGAAUUAAAAAAGAAGAUUGAAUCAGCAUGA